AACAAAUAUAAAGCAGGCUCCUCCACCCCGUACGUGACAAUCGCGACUCAAAAGACAUUUUACAGCAUAAUAAACCCACGAUGAAGCUCCUCCAACCCCUCACUCUCUUGGCGUUUUCUCUUCAGGGCACCCCCGCCCUAUCCGCGCCGCCAUCCGACCUCGCGACCCAGGCCGGCGCCCACGUCAUAUUUUCCUACCCCGGCACAACGCCGCCUCAAGAGCUCCUCGACCUCAUAGCAGCCGGUAAAGUCGGCGGGCUGAUCCUGUUCGGCGAAAACGUGGACGACGAUCUCCCCGCGCACAUUCAGCACUUCCAAGAAGUCUAUGCGGCGAGCCCCGCCUACGCCGGCACACCCCUCAUCAUCUCGACAGAUCAAGAGGGUGGCGAAGUGCGCCGUCUCCCGGGCGGACCUGAAGCCCCCGCCAAGGCGAUCGGAGACGCGAAGGACCCAGUCGGCGCGGCCACCCAGGCAGGGAAAGAUGCUGCCACCGCGCUGAAGAAGUACCAGAUGAACGCGAAUUUGGCGCCCGUUCUGGACAUCUACCGGACGGCGGGCGACUUUGCGGACGAGUUCGGUCGGUCGUUCGGUAACACGUCGGAGCGGGUGGACAAGUGCGCGUCGGCCUUCAUCAAGGCGCAGCAGGCCGAGGGCGUGCUCGCGGCGGCGAAGCACUUCCCGGGCUUGGGAGCGGCGCCGACGGACUCGAACACGGACGAAAAACCGGUGACGCUGGACCUGACGAUCGACGAGCUAAGGGGUAAGGACGAGGCGCCAUACCAGGGGGCGAUGGCAGCGGAUGUGGCCAUGGUGAUGGCCUCGUGGGGGGUAUACCCCGCGGUCGACCCGAAAAUGCCGGCGGGGCUGAGUGAGUCGUGGAUCCAGGGGGAGCUGCGCCAGCGGUUGGGAUACACCGGGGUGACGGUGACGGAUGCGAUUGAAGCGGGGGCGUUGACGGCGUUUGGGGACGACUCGGCCCGCGCGAUCCUCGCGGCGCAGGCGGGUAUGGACUUGCUGUUGGCGGCGGCGAGGAAUGUCACGCAGGGAGCAGUCAUUGUGGACGCGCUGGUGGCGGCCGUGGAAGAUGGGUCGGUGUCCAAGGAGCAGUUUGAUGCGGGCACGGAGCGCAUCUUGAAGCUGCGGGAGAGAUUGUAGAUUGAGUUUGAUCUUAAUGUCGUUGAAUAAACUUGAUAUAAUAUUUUCA